GACACCCGCGCCAAAGACUUGUUCACGACGAUCACAACACGUGAUGGCUUUGUUGCGGCAAACUGGGAAGAGUCACAGACGCAGCUUGCCCGUGGGGAGGUUGCAGCAGUUCAGUUUUGUUGCAUUGGUAGCUUCGCGGAUGCGAACAAGAUGCAUGUUGCCGUUUGGCGGCAUCUGUUGCUCUUCCUCGGGCUGUGGGCGGGCCUCCUGCUGAUGAGUCUUACCAUGGGAAUUACCAGAAGGAUCUGGUCUCCCGACUCCCUCAACAAACAGCUGGGUCUUCAGAUCGCCGUGCUGAAGCAUAGCGUGUACUGGAAUAUCUUCAUGUUUUUGCUGCUGCUGUCUUUGGUUGUCCUCUACGUGCUGAGGUCGGAGAAGGUACAGCUGGACGAGAACUUGACAUUCUUGGAGAUUACUGCAGUCUCCUUCUAUGCGAUUGAGGCCUUCAUCAAUUGGUUCUACUACUCGAGUGGGGGCCUGGAUGGCAUCAUCAGGUUCUUCUGGAAUUACAUGAUGGUGGUGUGCCUGGUCAUCCCUUCCGUUCUCUACCGCAGUCUGUCCGGACAGCGGUCUCACUUUUCCUUCGCCUUUUGUGCCUCUAUCCGAGCCUCCCAGAUCUACAAGGAAUGGGUGACUUUCCACAGAAGAGGGCGGAUAAAGUUUUCCGACCACAUCAGCAUGUAUGCUGGCACCUUCUUUGCUGGUGCCUUCUCGAUCGGAAUGCUUAUCCGAGAGCUGGAAAGCUUGGAUGGUGUGGAUCCCAACUUCAUGAAUGGCAGCGAGCCACCUGAUGGGAUCAACGGCACUGCCUACGAACGCUGGUCUCUCUUUGCCCCUUGGCGCUCCUUUACUUUCCGGUACUUGAUGGCUACGGUGCUGCUCAAAGUGCUGAAGCUCAACGAAGCCGGUGGGCUCUCGCGCCCGAAGUAUCCGAACCGAGCUGGCUACAGGCACAUCGUCAUCACUGGCUCUGCCUCACUUCAAGUCUACUUGGACUUUCUGCAUGAGUUCUUCCACACCGACAACGCGUCAGAAACUGACGAUGUCGAUGUCGUGAUCUUGCAUCUGCACGGCCAGCGAAAUGUUAUGCAACAGCUCAGCUCGACUUUGGGUACUGGUGAGAGCGAAGACCUGCGCAUCCUCAGGAAAAUCUGGAUGGUUGAAGGCUCUGCUCUGAAAGCGGAGGACUUGGACCGCGUCCGCUUCUCCUCCGCCUCGGCUGCUUUUCUCCUGCCUAACCUGUACGGGACCGACCCCGAGAAGGAAGAUGUGGGCAACGUCAUGCGCGCGUUGACCAUGAAAAGGCUCGGUAUCGAGAUCGGCAUCUACAUGGCUUUCAAAGGAACCUUUGAUGGUUUGGCGGGUUUCUUGCGGCAACGGCAAUUGGUGCUGCAGGGCCUCAUCGGAAAGGCUGCAGAGGUACAGGGUUACCUGCCGCUUCCAGCCAGCUUGCUCAAGACCUCGAAGGCACCGGGUUCUGGGAUGGCCCGGGAUGGCUGGCCGUUUCAGGUUCAGGGCUUGCUGAUCAAAGCGGUUAUAAUUUUGGCUCCUCUGAGGUUGGACUAUGGCACCAAAAGCCGGGGAUAG